AUGGCGACCGCGGUGCGAGUCGUCCCGCGCGCGGGCGCUCCGGCGCGCGCGCGCGUCGCCGCGCGGGCGAAGAAGGGCGGCGCAUUCUUGAAGGAGUUUGGGCCCGAGGAUGAAAAACCAACACAGAGCUCGAAGAAGCGCGCGAGCGCGUCCAAGGGCAUGACGGAGAACGAUCAGAGAGGGUUCCCGGCGCUGGAAAAGGUGGAGGGGAGCGAUCCGUUCAGCGUGAACUUGAUGGUGAAGAAAGUGGGACCGAUGAACGUGGUGUGGAACGGAGUCGGGACGCUGCAGGUCCCGGACGCGGGCGAUAAGCGCGCGAGCGUGGACCUGGCGCGGAUAUGUCUGGCGCAGCGCGCGGAGGUAUUGAUCGAGAACUUUGAGCGUUUGUAUCCGAAGAUGAAGUCGGCGCGGGUGGAGUGGGCGAUGCAGCCGUUCGAUGACGCGUACGGCGACCCGUUCGACCCGUUCAUGACGCUCCCGGAGGACCAAGUCGCCGAGUUCGUUCCGGGCAACUUACAAUUCUUGAAGAAGCCGAAGCUCGUCGCCCCCGGGGCGCAGUGA